GCCGCAAGUAGUUGUGAUGGCAGUAUCACGUGAGGGGGGGUUGAGUGAGGGACUGCGGCUGGAGCGGUGCCUAGUGACUGGCACUCAACCCUGAACUACGGCCAGAUACGGCUUCUUGAGAGCAACAGCCCGGUUUCCACGAUGCGCGGCCCAAUUGAGGCACUGGCCUGGGUGUGGGCCAACCUAUCAGCUUGUACAUGGACGCUCUUGCUGUCCAGUGUGGUCCUAUACUUUUAUCGAUGGGUGAAAGAACGCCGUCAGUAUCACUCCAUAUUUUCAAAGAUGGGCGUUCCAUACGUAAAGCCUCACAUUCUAUACGGCAGCAACCACCAACUCCGCGGCAAAGGCAUCCUUCCCACUGAAGUUAUCGGUAAAUGGGUAAAACAAUACGGCAAAGUCUUCGGUUACUACAUCGGAUGGAAACCGACGCUUGUAGUAGCGGACCUGGACAUGCUCAAAGACAUUCUCAUUAAGGAAUUUCACAACUUUGCCAAUCGGCCCAAGCUCGUGAUCGAGGCCCAGCCCGUCGUGCACACUGUCGUAGGCCUACGUGACCAGCGGUGGAAGGACGUGCGCUCCAUCCUGGCCCCGACCUUCUCCAUGGUCAAGCUGAAGCACCUGGCCGGAAUAAUGAACGAAAAGGUGGACGAACUGCUAGGCAUCAUAGGCAAGAAGAGCAAGGCCGGGGAGCCAAUAGAGUGGUACUCGACCUACCAGGGCCUGACGCUGGAUGUGAUCAGCGAGUGCGCUCUCGCCAUGAAGACAACCUGCCAGAAAGACCAAGAAAAGAGCGAGUUCUUCAUGGCAGUGCGCUCCUUCCUCAAGAACGCGGUGAACCCGGCGAUUCUCAUGGCGCUGUACUUCCGAGGCUUCGGCAAAAUCCUGAGCUACAUCAGUAACAGAUUCGCGCUGUCGGGUCGCAUGACGCAGAUGAUCGUCAACCACCUGGAGACCGUGAUCAGCGUGCGGCGGAACGACCUGCAUUCCAAAAACGUCGACGUGCUGCAGUUGAUGCUGGAGGCAGCGGAAUCCCGCGUCGAUGCCGAUGGCGCCGCCGCGAACGGGGUGUCCAAAGGAAAGCCAAAGCACAAGCUUCUCUCCGACGAGGAAAUCAUCGCCAACGCCUGGGUCUUCCUGCUGGGGGGCUUUGAGACCACGGCCAACUCCCUCACGUACACCACGUACCUGCUGACACAACACCAAGAGGUACAGGACAAGGUCUACCAAGAACUCCUAGACGUGAUCAAGGAUCCAAACAUCAAUCUGACGUACGAACAAGUGCACAAGCUCACCUAUCUGGACCAAGUGUUUUCCGAGGCCUUGAGACUACACCCGCCCGUUGUCACCUUCAUUACAAGGGAGGCGGCUGAGGACAUGCAGAUUGGCGACGUCGUCAUCCCGAAGGACAUGGCUGUGCUCGUGCCCAUUUGGCUCCUCCAGCGAGACCCCGAGCAGUGGCCUGACCCAGAGAAAUUCGACCCCGAGAGAUUUUCUCCGGAAGCCAAGGCAAACAACACAAGACACCCUAUGUCUUAUAUACCCUUCGGAGCUGGUCCAAGAAACUGUGUUGGUAUGAGAUUCGCCCAGCUGGAGGCCAAAUUAACGCUAGCAAGAAUAUUGCUGAAUUACAGACUUGAGUCCUGUAAGGAGACUCCUAACCCUCUCAGAUUUGAAGUCCCUACUGUGGCCAUCAACCCAGCCGACCCUGUGUUAAUCAAAGCAACACCGAGGAAUUAAACCAUUGGUUCUCAUUUUUUAAAAGUUUUAUCACAAUGUAAAGUCUGACAGGUUAUUUUUUCAAAUUUAUAUCCAAUUUAAAAUCUGACAUUCAGACUACCCCAAUGUAAAAUUUUAUUCAUUAUCAUCAGUAAUUUUUCAGUAAAGUUUAUUAUGCAAAAACAUAAGUUUACAUAGUUGAUCUAAGAACACCAACACAAAAUUUUAUUCCUUGUUAUUCCAAUACCUUAUUAUGCAACGCUCAAUAUCAAGUUAUGAACAAAGCAUACUCCUUAAUUUCAUUUAAUUGUUUUAAUAUAAAAAACACCAGAUUGCAAAUGUACUUGUAGUUUUAUUCUUUCACUGAUAAUACAUCAGUCAGAUUAUAUUUUUUUACCACUUGUUUGAGAAUUACUACGUUAGACCCUUACUGUUGAAGAAAGAUUAAAAACUAUUUUUUUUAACUUGAUCUAUUCUCUCCAUUAUUGAAAGCAUAAGAUAAAUGCAAAAUUAUAUAGUAGAGUAAUGUUUAAAGAUGAAAAUAGGUAAAUGAAAGAUUUUGUGGGUAACGGAUGUAGCCUACAUACGUGUGUGUGUGUGUGUGUGUGUGUGCGUGUGUGUGUGUGUGUGUGUGUGUGUGUGUGUGUGUGUGUGUGUGUGUGUGUGUGUGUGUGUGUGUGUGUGUGUGUGUGUGUGUGUGUGUGUGUGUGUGUGUGUGUGUGUGUGUGUGUGUGUGUGUGAAUUUGAUAAUAGACAGUCACUAAUCAAUGUCUUGCUUUAUAUACAAACUAAAUACAUGAGUAAGAAAUGAGUAAAUAUACCAUAGUGAAAAUAGCAGUCAUACUUAAUUGUAUAUUAUGCUUACCAAUAAGCCAUGGCAGGAGCAGCAUUCCCUACAUAUGUAAAAUAAUUACAGUGCAUUUUUUUUUUAGAACUGUACUAUGUUAUGAAAUAGAUGUAUAUAACCUAAA